AACAAGUUAUACAUUAAACUGUUAUAUUAGAUCGGAGGCAAAGUUAGAUCGUUAUCAGUAUGAAAAAUAUGGUUUUUGAUGACAAACUGGAUCCCGAGUCGUUAUUCGCUUCUGUCAACGGUUUCCUGAGUCCGAUUCAAACAAAGUCGGCACCGAAUUCACCUUUGACAAUAAGAAAAAAAUCAAAAGUAAACAUUCUAAAAGAGGAUGAAAGAAGACGAAACAGUUUGCCAGUUUCAACAGAUAAGCUAUUUCCAGACUGUGAUAAAGAUAGAAAAACGAAACAGUGCAAAAGAAUACGUUCUUUUAAAACGACUUCAAGAGGAGUUCCAAAGGCUACAGAAGGGGACAGACGGGAAAGUAAUGUUAGUGUGUCUUCACUACGAGGUUUCAACCGUCAAAGACAAUCAAGUGACACAUCAGAGGACAGUUCUCUGUGCUGUGGGGGUUCCUCCACCUCCUCAUCUGGAUACUACCGUGUGUGUGUAAUGGGAGCUGAUGCCGUUGGAAAGCGUACUUUGACAACUCAGUUUAUGAGCUCUGAUUUCAUGUGCUCACAUAUUUUUGAAAUAGGAGAUGUUGAAGACAAUCUGCUAACAGUCGUAAUAGACAACGAAGAAUCCACGUUAGAAUUUGUAGAUUUCUCAGAGGACAAGGCGGAGGAACAACAGAUCGACGCUUAUAUUGUCGUGUUUUCUGUCCACGAGAAAUCAACAUUUGAAGUUGCUGUUCAAUAUAUACAAUACAUCCGUAAUGACAUGGACAGUGAUAGACCAAUAAUUAUUGUAGCAAAUAAAGUAGAUCUCGUAAGAAAAAGACAAAUUAGUCAUGAAGAUGCCAGAAAAAUAUCAACAAAAUAUAAUUGUAAAUACAUAGAAACGUCUGCAACAUUGAAUGUAAAAGUGGAUGAACUACUUGUUGGAAUACUUAAACAGAUUAAAUUACGACUAAAUCCAGACAUUGAAAAACCAAAGGUGACCUCCUCACGUAGAGACUCUUUACUGAAAGGAUCCAUUGAUAUGCUUGGCAAAUUCUUUCAUCUAAAACAUAAACACAAAAUAAGCUCAGAUGAUGUGAUGACGUAAACUGAAUUCUUAUGUUGAUGACAACGUUUAUAAGUUACGGGUACCCUCAAUAUGUUAUUAUCAAAUUAUGUUCUACAAAACAAUGUUAGAUAUUUUUCACGUUUAAUACCGUUCUACCAUUCAACGGUAACAAAAUGCAUUUUCCUAAAAAUCGUGUGCUGGUCUUGUGUACAAGGUAUUGGGAAUUUGAAAUAUGGCCUGGUAAAACUGAUUUAACAAUCUUUAUCUAUGCACGAAAGUCAGUUAAAAUGGUGGGACACGUCAGAUUUCCUGUAGACCUGAUCUUGUAAUCUUCCGUAAUAAGGAUCUCGUCUAAAAUUUAAUAUUUCAGUUUUAAAAUAUUGAAAAAAAACAAGAUGAAAUGUUAAAUUAGAUUUUCUCUAAUUUUCCUGCUAUUUUCACAUUUCUUGACCGGUUUGAGAAAAAUAUUUCUAAUCUCUAGUAAAAAAUUUGUUUUCAGCAAAUGAUUGGUCGAAAUUUUAUUGUGACGUUAAGUUGUGGUCUUUGUUUCUUCUGAAUUUUCCUAUUUUGGCGUCAUGAAACAAGACGACCAUGUCUGAUGACGUCACAUAAAAAGUACACAACUUUCUUCAAAUCUUGGAAAAAGAAGGAUAAAAAUCAUUAGAGAAACAGAUUCCACCACUAUAACUCGAGUAUUAUGAUAUUUCAUCACUCUCGACAGUUAAAUUUCAACUAUUAAAAAAGCUCGGCAAAACCUAAAUUUAACUGUCUCGAGUGGAGAAAUAUCGUUACACACUUGUUGUAGUUGUGGAAUCUAUUUGUUAAUGUUUUUAAAUUGAUAUUAUUCAUCUGCUAGUCAUAUUUGAUCAAAAGCUUGUCAUAAUCUUCAAAAGAUAUAUCAUGAUUAGAAUUAUUUAGUUAAAUGGUUUAUUCCUUAUUGUAAUGGUAGAAAACAAAUGAUUUUCCUUCCUGAAUAGUUAAGUGAUAUAGAACUAUGGUAAUUUAUUAAGACUUUUAUUGGAUUUAAAGGGAUUUAUGUUGGACAAAUGAGAAUUGUCAUGCCACUGAUCGCGAAAAUUCUAAAAUAAAAUAUAUAGAAAAUCAACAUCAAUCUCAUAUUAUAUAUAUAUUACAUAUAGAAAUCAUCGUGUUUAUUGAGACAAUCGAAUGAGUAUGGAUUUUUAUAACAGUCAAUAAAACUGUAAAUAUAAUAACAAUGUUGGUUAAUUUGACCAAACAAGUCUUUUAUACUUCUUUUCGUGCUUUAGAAUAAGACCAUUAAUCAAAUUUGGUAUGAUUUACUGAAUAUACAAUGUAAUUAUACUAGUAUACACCAAGACUGCUUGUUAUUACUCCUAGUGGGUUUAAUUCUCGAACAAAAUACAUGUAACAAGAUAAACUUGAUCAUUUUUCUAAAUACAGCUGGUUCAUUUAGAGAAAUGUUAAUAUUUAUUCUUAGAAUUCUGGUUUC